AUGGACCAAGUCAAAUCACAAAACCCUCAACAAGAGAAGAAGGAUGCCAAGCCUACUCAAAGUGGGCACGAAAGUGUCGAGUCAUACCAAAGACGCUGGGCGCAGUUGAUGGAAGACACAAACAAGCAGCUUCAAAAAAUUCGAGAGGAAGAAGCCAGAAAGUCAAACCAGACAUCCGGUCGAUAA